GGACAAGGAGUGCGGCGAGGAGUACAAGAGAGCGAUGCCGGACUACCUGUGGGGAGACAAGACCUGCAAGAGGCGGCAGAAGAUGCGCAAGAAGACGACCCGAGCGGACCACCUCGAUGCCUCCACUGCCAACGCCUCCGACGACGCCGCCAAUGCCUCCGACGAGAACGUCUCCGACGAUGGCGCCGCCGACGAGGGCGCCGCGGCGGGCGACGGCCCGAGCCCGUCCGAAGGCUACGACGGCGCCGAGGCGAAGGUGCCCAACGGCGGGAGGUCUGACAGCGGAGACGCCUCACGG